AUGUUCUCCCCGCCAGUUUACUCUUCGACUUUCAUCUCCCAGGCACCUUUCUAUCCAGGCCUGAAACGAAACUAUUCGUUCUCCUCCUCAUACGUUUCGCCGACCUCUGGCGAUCUCGAAUCAGCCAUGGCUCGAGUACCGCUCGUGGGAAGGUUAUACUUCAGGGAAUAUAUCGCUUUGGUCCUAUCGUUCUUCCUGGUUACUCUUGAGUUUCUAGCUAGAAUUAUCACACUUGCAUUACCGGCCCCGAUCAUAAAUUUCCUUUACUCCCGAUCUCGAGCGUUAUUCAAACUCCUACCGUCAACGAAAGAAUCCAAAAUCGAUAAGAAAUCAUCGUCAGAAGUUGUCAAGAAGAUCAGAGAUGCAGAUGGAUUUGUUGAAAUGUGUGAGAUUUGGGGUUAUGAAGCGGAAGAACAUAUUGUACAGACCAAAGAUGGUUAUCUGCUGGGAUUACAUCGCAUUCCGAGGGCUAAGGAUGAACCGAAGCCUAAAAGAGGAGAAAAGGGGAAAGAGAAGAAGGGUGUAGUUUAUUUACAUCAUGGAUUGAUGAUGAACAGUGAGGUUUGGGUCUGUAACAUCCAACCGGAGAAGUGUUUACCCUUUGUGCUUGCGGAGCAGGGUUACGAUGUUUGGCUGGGCAACAAUCGAGGAAAUAAAUACUCUAAGAAGUGUAUUUAUACAAAUUCUCAGGAUACUUCAUUUUGGAACUUUAGCAUUGAUGAAUUUGCGAUGCAUGAUAUCCCGGAUUCGAUUUCUUAUAUCUUGCUGUCAACGAAAGUGAAGUCGAUAUCUUAUGUUGGGUUUAGUCAGGGAACAGCACAGGCUUUUGCUGCAUUGAGCAUUCACCCCUCUCUUAACGAAAUUAUUGAUGUAUUUGUCGCUCUCGCACCUGCCAUGUCACCUGCCGGUUUAUACAACAGCAUCGUCGACGCCCUGAUCAAAACGUCGCCAGACGUAAUCUUCCUCUUCUUCGGCCGACGUUCACUUCUUCCCUCAACCAUGUUCUGGCAAAGCAUUCUCUACCCACCAAUCUUUGUCGCAGCAAUCGAUAAAUCACUAAAGUUUCUUUUCAACUGGUCCGGCAAAAACAUGAGUCUUCAGCAAAAACUAGCGAGUUAUGCACAUCUUUACAGUUUCACUAGCGUCAAAGCAUUGGUCCAUUGGUUUCAAAUUAUACGGAAUAAAAAGUUUCAAAUGUACGAUGAUGAUGUACAAAGUCCAAUUGGAUGGGGCUACGGAAGGAGUUAUUACAGACCGGCGAAAUUUCCGACAAAGAAUAUUAGUGCCCCCGUUGUACUUGUUUAUGGUGGAAGCGAUAGUUUGGUGGAUAUUGAAGUUAUGUUGAAGGAGUUACCGGGGCAUACGGUUGCAAAGGAGAUUAAGCAUUAUGAACACCUGGAUUUCCUUUGGGGUGAGGAGAAUGAUAAGCUUGUUAUCCCGGAAGUUUUGGAUGCACUAGAGAGGUAUGGAGAUGGAAGAGAUGGGACUAUCGUUGAGAAGGAUGAGGAAGUGGCGGCCGCAAUUGUUGGUGGUGAACCGCCAGGGUAUAGCGAAGACGAAAAGAAUGAAAGGGAGAAGGAAGACAAGAAGGAUGAAGAAGAAAAGAAGGUUACCGAACCUGUGGAUGUUGUUGUCACUUCUUCUUCCACACCACCUCCUCCGCCGGCUUCGGAUAAAUCUUCAUCUACGGCACCAUCUAGUUAUUCUUCUUCAUUAGCUUCGGUACCGAUGUGGCCGGCGUGGUUGAGCGGACGAACGAGGCUACGGAGGUCUCCGAGCGUGGCUUCCCUGACGAGCGUUAGUAGCGGGGGUAGUGACAACGGAGCUUCUAAAAAUAGAGGGGUGGUGUUCGGACCCGGUGGUGUGCAAGUUGCGGCUGGGAAAGCUAGUAGCGCUGUUUCGACUACAGUGUUGGGGGAAGGAGAAGAAUUGGUUGAGAAGAAGAGAAGACGAAGGAGAGAAAGGAUGAGUAUGAGACCUGAACAUCAUAGUUAUUGA